AAGUUGGUAUUCAUGUAAUGCUUGUAUCUUAAAUUUCAAUUGAAUGGAUAUUCAUUGAAGAUGAUGUAAGUGUAAAUUUUUUUUUGGUGUCAACCCUCCGGUUCCCGGAGAAGACCCCAGAUAAUCUGGAGUUCAGUUGUUUCUAUUAGGAAUUGAAUUUGGUUUUCGGAAUGAUUUGUCUUAGAGGGAGCUCAUUAGCUAUUUGAGCCCAAUCGCAUUUUUUAUACAAAUGUAAUUAGAAGAGGAAAAAGGGAUUUGGAUUCUCUACAUUCACUUAGGGGAGAGAAUGGAGAGAUAGUAUGGUAGGUGGUAAUGACAAAAUUGACCUUAAAAAUAAACUAAAUGUAGGUGAAUGUAGGACUUUUUAAUGUAGAGAGUCCAAAUCCGAGGAAGAACACAUCAUUGCAUUUAUCAAGUUAGAGUUAUAAUUCAUCAAUUAUUUAUAUAUUUAUUUGGUCUAAAUAAGUGAUUGGUUCCUGCAAUUACAUGACAUUUUGGUAUUGGUCCCUACAAGUUUUUUUGUUUGGUUUGAGUGUUUGUGUUUUGUAAAAAAAUGCUUUAAGUCCCUAAUGGCUAGAAAUUCACCUCUUGAGGUGAACAAGUAGGAGAUCCCGGGUUCAAACCCCGACCCUGCAUAUAAAAUGCAAUAUCCCUACCAGUUGAGCUAUGCUCACGUGGGCUGCAUGCCGUAUCUUCUCUAGUUCCAAAUUGCUUCAAAUAUUUGUGAUGUUAUCUUUGAUGGUGUUAUGUCUGUCUUGUUGCUAUAGUAUCAAAAAGUUGCUCUUUAGACUUUUUAGGGACAUACAUAUAAUAUCCCAUAUUUUUCUUUUGCUAUUACUAUUAUUAAUAAAAUCACCAUCACCAUAUCUUCAUCCAAACCUUCUUCUCUGCACCUUCAGCCAUUUCCAAACAUCCAACAAAUUCCGACCUUGACACCAGAAACAAUGACCCAAAUGCAAAAUACAAAAAUUACAAAAGACCCAUCAUGAACAAAGCACCGGAGGAACUUUUUGAAGAAGUUUCUUUAUUUUCAGAAACAUGCAGUGUAGGCGAAAGUUUCUCCACCACCACCACCGUGCCGGAAACAAGAGAAGACAAAGUUACAAGUAAGCAAAGUAUCAGAGAGGGAAUCAGAAUCGAAAUCGAUCACUUGUGCAUCAAGGAAGCAUUCUUACACCGUUAAGGGAGUAGAAUCAGAGGAAGAGAGCAACGACAACCAUAAUCUACAGCUAAAGGACCCGAGAUUCCAACGGAGAAGAAGGUUGUGGUGGGUUCAAGGUCGGCUCGUCGGAGAAAUUUUCCAGCAAUCAGGACCGCUGUUGUGUCACAUAACUGUUGUUAGCAAUACUUGUCCAAGUGGAUCCCUUGAUUUUGAAUCUAGUGGUGAACCAUGAGUUUGGUUUGAAAAGUGGUGUGGGUGAAUAAGUGGUUGUGCUUGUGGGAGUAAUUGAUCUAUGAUAUGAAGAAAACACAGUGGUGGACUGGUGGUGAUGGUAAAGGGAUCUAUUAUACAAGCCGAUUGUGCUAUCUUGUGGUCACAUUUGCUGUUUCUGGUGUGUCUAUAAAUCAAUGAAUUGUCUGCGCGAGUCUCAGUGUCCAACAUGUAGGCAUCAAUAUUAUCACUUCCCAACAGUCUGCCAAACACUUCAUUUUUUGCUUCUGAAGAUCUAUCCCGUUGCUUACAAUAGAAGGAUCAAUCAAACUCUUGAGGAAGAGAAUAAAUCAGGCUUUUACUCCCCUCAAUUUGAUCCCGAGACAUGUGAGUCACAAGCCAAAUUUGGUCAUUCAUGUAGCCCUUCUUCCUCCUCUACGAUAAAUUCAGUUUCCACCUCCUUCAAUGUCGGAACUUUUGAAUGUACGGAGCAACCGGGGUCCACUGCCCAUGAAGGAGAACCUGAAUUUACUGGGACUCCUGUUGAAGAAAAAGCAUUGCCUCAAGGAGAACCUGACGUUACUGGGACUCAUGUUGAAGAAAAAGCAUUGCCUCAAGAUAAUCUUGAUAUACAACAUAAAUUAUCAGUUGCAGAUGUGAUGUGUACAAUGUGCAAGCAACUGCUUUUUCAUCCCGUAGUUCUUAAUUGUGGCCAUGUAUACUGUGAAACUUGUGUCUACAAGUUAGCUGAUGAGAUGCUUAGAUGCCAAGUUUGUCAAAGUCCACAUCCAAGAGGAUUUCCAAAAGUGUGUUUGGAGUUUGAUCACUUUUUGGAGGAACAAUUUCCUGAAGAAUAUGCACGGCGAAGAGAUGCAAUUGAACUAAAGGACAUCAAAGUGAAACUUGAGAGCCCUCCUUCUAGUUCAUUGAAUAAUGGUAACAAAGGAGAACAUAGCGAAUGGUCGUCUGAUCCUGACUCGAAAGUUCACGUUGGAGUUGGGUGUGACUUUUGCGGGAUGUUUCCUAUCAUUGGAGAUAGAUAUAGAUGCAAUGACUGCAAGGAAAAAAUGGGUUUUGAUCUUUGUGCCAAUUGCUACGACACCCGCUCCAAACUUCCAGGCCGAUUUAAUCAACAACACACCUCAGAUCACAGUUUCAAGCUUGUACCACCCAACGCUUUUCAUAACAUAAUGUUGAGGCUGGUCACCGGACAGUUAGGACACAAUUCUUUCGACCUCGAGACUUUAGGAAACCUAGAAUUUACAGCCGAAGCCUCUGAGUUGUUUGAUCAUGGCGAAGAUAACCAGAAUGACCCUGAAGCUACAAAUUGAAAAUCUGAACCCAAAAUUAAGCAUGGUCUAUUGUUGGUGAUUGUGCAUAGCUUCUUUGCUGGUUUAAGAGAUGUAAACAAUGCAAUACUGUACUUGGAGCAGGUUUUCCAUUCAAUUCCAAACAGAAUGCUUUUGGCAAUCAGUAUUUGAAGAUAUUCAGGAAUUAUGUUAGGCCUUGAAGUUUUUGAAGAUAUUUGGGAUGCUACAUACUUUUAGGACUUUGCCUGAUAUAUGUAUGAAAAUGUGUGUUUUUGUAUAUAUGGUUUACAAAGGUUAUGAAUUUAUAAGUAAAAAAAAAAAAGGUUAUGAAUUUAUGUUACUUUUUCAAAACAAAUUAAAUUGAUACCAUGGUACUGUUGGUGUCUGUUAGGUUACAAAAAACAUCUGCUUUUUUUAGAUAAACUAUCAUUUUAUUUUUA